AUGUCGGACCAUGAUGAACCGACAACAUCGAUGGCGUCUCAGGAGGUUAAAGUGAUACAAAUUCCGUUGAAUUUGCCCAUGCUACCGCAGCUGGCCAUGACAGGUAAUCUGGAAACGAAUUGGAAAAGGUUUUAUCGCGCGUGGAACAACUACGAAAUAGCAGCACGUCUGAGAGAUCCGAAUAACCCUAGUACAAAUAAAGAACUAAGAACAGCCACUCUGUUGACGUGCAUUGGAGCUGAUGCUCUUGAUGUGUUUGACGGACUGGACUUUGCGAAUGAAGACGAGAGAAAGGACAUCGAUAUUGUCGUAAGCAAGUUGGAAAAGUAUUUUAUUGGAGAGACAAAUGAGACGUACGAACGGUAUUGUUUUAAUAAAAGAGAUCAAAAGUCACACGAAACGGUUGAUGCUUACUUCGCAGCCCUUCGUACUUUAGCCAAGACUUGCAACUUUGGUAAUUUGGAAGACAACUUGAUAAGAGUUCGUAUUAUCAUGGGUAUUAAGGACAACGCCACACGAAAGAAAUUAUUGGAAGUCUCAAAGCUUACUCUGCAACAAAGUAUAGAUACAGUUCGGUCUUGUGAAAAGACGGCGAAGCUACUCGAAUCGAUUAAAGAUGAAGGUGAGCAAGUGUUGGCUGUUGGAAAAGAACAGUACAAAGAGCAAAGGAAGCGAGUCGAGAAAAGAAAUGAAGAAAUGUUAAUCAAGUGUAAAUUUGGCAACAAAUCUCAUCCCAGAGGUAGGUUCAAAUGCCCAGCCUGGGGCAAAACAUGCUCAUUGUGUGAAAGAAAGAAUCAUUUUGCUGUCGUCUGUAAUGCUCAACGAAGACCAUUUAGCCAACGAAAGUCAGUAUCGGGCGUCAACGAUGAUACAGAAUCAUCAGAGGGAGAAUAUAUAGCUCUGGUGGAGACCAAAGAAGAGGUAGGUGCAGUUAACUCUGAUAAAUACACCUACAAAUCAAGUGCCCCCUUGAUGAUUAACAAAAACCUAGAAAAUUUUCAACUUGACAGUGGAGCCACAGUAAAUGUAUUAUCUAAAAGGACACUGGCAGGUUGUUUUCGAAAGCCUAUUGGGAAGAAGCUGGUGAAAACAAACACAAGCCUUGUAAUGUACAAUGGGUACGAAGUGAAGCCUAUUGGAAAGACAAGGAUUCAAGUUAUUAAUCCUAAGAAUAACAAGAAAUACAGUGUAGAGUUUAUGGUAGUGGAAGAGAAUUGA